UGCAGUGCUGGGAGCGGAUGUAACCCUGAAGCCUGGCGCCUCCAUGACUCCUUUCAUGGCACAGCCCUUUCCCCAGCCCACUACUGGCCCCGCCCACCAGCCACCUGGGGAGCAGCACCUGCUGCCCCUCAGGGCCCCAUCAUUCCCUCCUGGACGCCCCCUGGUGCUGCCCAAUUUGCCCAGGACACCUCUGGUGGCAGGAGAUGCUGGUCAAGGCCCCGCUGGGCCUGGGGCUUUUAACAUCAUGGACCAGGUCAGGUCAGAAGGGGGACGACCACAGCCCUCCCAGACUCAGACCAUUGUCCUGACUCAGGCCCCCCUCAACGGGAGUGCUCCAGGUGCCAUCUGUGGGGGUGCUGUGUGUCCUGCACCCCUCUUCUUGGAAGCCUCUGCGGUGGAGACGAUUAUGCCCGCCUCGGCUUUUGGGGGCACCCAGGCCGGCGAUGGAGGCUGGUGUCCCAGCCUUCCUCCUCAAGCUCCACCAUCAGCUGCCCAGCUGGCCCCCAUCGUCCCCUCAGUGAAUGCUGGGGCUUCGAGGAAGGGUGGCCUGGCCACCUCCCAGACCAAGACCUCGCCGGAUGACUCCUGCAACCCCAACAGUGUGUACAAAAAUUUCCGACGUUGGCAGCGCUUCAAGGCCCUGGCCCGGAGGCACCUUCCCCAGAGUCCUGAUGCUGAAGCUCUGUCCUGCUUCCUCAUCCCGGUGCUCCGGUCCCUGUCCCGCCUGAGGCCCACCAUGACGCUGGAGGAGGGAAUGUGGCGGGCCAUGCAGGAAUGGCAGCGCAAGAGCAACUUUGACCGGAUGAUCUAUUAUGAGAUGGCAGAAAAGCCCCACAUGAAGUCUGCUGAGAAGCAGGCUGGCUGCGGGGCCCCUUGGAGAUUCGGUGGCUCCGCACCGCGCACUCCCAGGAAGGCCUUACCCAGUGCCCAGUACAUUCGAAGACACCAACAGCCCCAGGAGACAAAGUCCCCCAAUGAGAUCCCCCCGGAGGCCGUGAGAGAGUACAUGGACAUCAUGGACAAUCUGCUGGGACUGCCGCACUCAGCCACAGAGGCGCCCGGUGGAGGAUGGGAAGAUGAAGAAAAGGAGUGGCUGCAAGACAAGGAUCUCCUGAGCUACCUGGACCAGCUGUGCUCCCAGGAAGACUUUGUCACCCAGGUGGAGGCGGUCAUUCACCCCCAAUUCAUGGAACAAAUAAUUUCCCAAGAUGCACAGCAGGAUCCCUUGGCCCUAGCUGAGGAAUUGGAGCAGGAAGAGGGGCUCACUGCUGCCCAGCUGGUAGAGAAGCGACUCCUGGCCUCCAAGGAGGGGGGCGUGCAGGCACCCUCAAGUCACGGUGCUCCCCUGUUGAACUCAAGUUCUUCUGAGUCUGAGAUCGGCCAAGAUGCCCAGAGGCAUGACCGUGGCCCCCAGCUGGGGGUCAGUGACAAAGCCUGCCCACCAGAGACUGACUUCAAGGACCAGCAAAGGCGCGGCCCAGCAGACGCCCACCAGUCCAGGCCCCAGGCUUCUGAUAUCUCUGCGGGGCGUCAGGAGCACCCACCACUCUGGGCUCAGUGCCCCCCCUCUGCUCCCCAGGGCUACGGGCCUGCUUACUGUGCACUGGGCCCCAGGGAGGCCUGCAUCCCCAGAGAGGCCUCUCUUGUCAGAGAGACUCUUGAGCCAGACAGGUCCAGUGAGGAUGAGGAGGACCUCCCCAGCUUGGCCUUCCUCUUGGGCUCUCCUAAUAGCCUGUUGCCCUGUGGGCUCUCUCUGAGUCCUGUCCCUGCCUCAGGCCUUGCCUGCCCUGGAGGUCGGGGGCCCCGGGGAGCUGCCCAAUCCCAGUUUUUUCAAACACUAGGUCUCACCCGAGCUUCACCUGCAGCUUCCAAAUCUCGGAAGCGUGCUCUGGCGGGAGGCCCCGCCCAUGCUGAGAAGACCCCCUGCCCGGGGGCCAACCUGGGGAUCUGUGGGAUGCCAGCACUGGCUCUGGAGCUGGUUUGCACCUCACGGCCUCAAAAGAAAAAGUGUGACCUGGCUGUCACAGGGAAGAGUAAUAAGUGA